AUGCACCUGCUUCCACGCGAACGAGACAAGCUCUUACUCCACCAUGCCGGCUCCCUAGCCCAAAAACGUUUGGCUAGGGGCGUUCGCUUGAACCAGACCGAAGCUACGGCGCUGAUCGCUACGGUACUACAGGAACGUAUUCGAGAUGGCGAACAUUCGGUCGCAGAGCUAAUGCAGCAUGGGAAAACUUUGCUUGGUCGAUGUCAUGUGCUGCCGGGUGUACCCGAGUUGCUGCACGAGGUCAUGGUUGAAGGUACCUUUUCAGAUGGUUCAUUCUUGGUGACGGUGCAUCAACCAGUGUGCACGGAAACAGGCGAUAUUCAGGCUGCUCUCUACUCGAGCUUUUAUCCUGCUCCGGAUGUAAGCGUGUUCUUGGCCCAGAUGCAAGCAGAAACGAAGGCGUUGGUUGGCAAGGCAGCUGCCGAAGAAGUGUUGCCAGGAGCGUUGGUCACCAAGAGAGGAGCACAACCGAUCCAGCUCUGCCCCAAACGCAAGCGGGUCGCAGUCAAAGUGACCAACACGGGCGAUCGUCCCAUUCAAGUUGGCUCGCACUAUCCUUUCCUCGAAACCAACGCUGCUCUUUCUUUCCCACGAAUGCUGGCCUUGGGCAAGCGACUCGACAUUGCCGCAGGUACAGCCAUCCGUUUCGAGCCAGGUGAUUCGAAAACCGUCACGCUGGUCCAAGUUGGAGGUACCAAGAUCCUUGCUGGUGGUAACAACCUCGCGGCGGGCCCUCUUGAUGAAUUUCUGGCUACUUCCGAAUCUCAAGUUGCCCUCGUCAAGCGUAUCGAAGCGGCCGGAUUCGCUAACGAGCCGCUCCCAGACAUGGAAGAUGACUCGAUCCCGGCGCCAGCGCCCUGUGAGCUGUCGCGUGAUGCCUACGCCUCUCUGUACGGCCCCACCGUGGGCGACAAGGUAAGACUCGCAGACAGCCCACUCUGGCUCGAAGUCGAGAAGGAUUUCACUGUCUAUGGCGACGAGCUCAAGUUUGGAGGUGGCAAAGUGUUGCGUGAUGGCAUGGGUCAAGCAUCGGGUCGUGCCGACAGUGCCGUGCUGGACAUUGUUAUCAUCAACGCACUCAUCGUCGAUUGGUGGGGCAUUGUCAAGGCGGAUAUCGGUAUCAGGAACGGUCACAUUGUGGCUAUUGGCAAGGCGGGCAAUCCGGCCAUCAUGGAUGGCGUUGAUCCCAACCUGGUCGUGGGUUCUUGUACCGAGGUAAUUGCAGGCGAAAAGUUCAUCGUGACAGCAGGAGCCAUUGAUGCACACGUGCACUACAUCUGCCCAGAUCUGCAUGAGGAGGCACUCGCCACGGGCAUCACCACCCUGAUUGGCGGUGGAACAGGUCCUACAGCGGGAUCGAGCGCAACGACGUGCACGCCAGGACAGGAUCAGCUUCGCAACAUGAUGAUCGCCACCGACAAUGUUCCGCUCAACUUUGCCUUUACGGGUAAGGGCAAUGACUCGGGUUUAGCCGGUUUGGAAGACCAGAUCCGCGCUGGAUGCGCCGGUAUGAAGAUCCACGAAGAUUGGGGAGCGACGCCGGCUGUCAUCGACGCAUGCUUGACCGCCUGCGACAAGUACGACGUACAGUGCAACAUCCAUACCGACACGCUCAACGAAUCGUGCUUCGUCGAAGGCACGCUUGCCGCUUUCAAGGGUCGAACCAUUCAUACGUACCACUCUGAGGGUGCCGGUGGAGGACACGCUCCAGACAUCAUCCGUGUUUGUGGAGAGACCAACGUGCUGCCAUCUUCGACCAACCCGACGCGACCUUACGCAAAGAACACGCUCGACGAACAUCUCGACAUGCUGAUGGUGUGCCAUCAUCUGUCAAAAGACAUUGUCGAAGAUGUGGCGUUUGCUGACUCAAGGAUUCGCGCAGAGACGGUGGCUGCCGAGGACGUAUUGCAGGACAGCGGUGCAAUUUCUAUGAUCAGCUCCGACUCGCAGGCUAUGGGCAGGAUCGGUGAAGUGGUUUCGCGUACGUGGAGAACUGCUUCCAAGAUGGCCAGUCUGGUCGGGCCGCUUCAUGAACCAGGCUCUGAUCCACAGACAAAGGGCGUGCCUCAUCCGAGCGAGGCAGUAUCGGACAACCUACGCAUCAAGCGCUACGUGGCCAAAUACACGAUCAACCCUGCUCUUGUUCACGGCUGUUCGCAUCUGAUUGGCAGUAUUGAACCCGGCAAACUGGCUGAUCUUGUCUUCUACCUGCCCUCCAAAUUUGGCAUAUGCCCUGAAUUUGUGCUCAAGGGCGGGCAGGUAGCAUGGGCACAGAUGGGCGAUGCCAACGCCUCCAUCCCCACAGUGCAGCCUAUCUACGGCAGACCGAUGCACGGCUCAAACACCAAUGCUGCAUCGCACAACUCGGUGCUAUUUGUUUCGCAGAUCUCUGUCGAUCAGGGUACCGUUAGGGGCUACGGAGUCAACAAGAGAAUCGAGGGGGUCAAGGGGUGCAGGACGGUCAGCAAAAAGGAUAUGAAGCUGAACACCCACACACCUGAUUUGAAGGUGGAUCCAGAGACAUACGAGGUCACGGACGGAGGUCGACUGUUGACCGUCCCUCCAGCUGACGAGUUGCCAUUGACGCAGAGUCUGCACCUGUUCUAA